CCGGGCCCGCCAUUUAUGUGCGUGUUGUAUUUACUAUCUGCAUGCAAUAUCGUGCAUACUUGGACGAAUUUCAACAUGGCGCGCUUACGUUUUCCCGGGCGGCCUGGCCAAAGAUAUGGCCGAUCUCUCAUACGUUUCAUGCCCCACGAAGCCCGAAACUCACAGAUUCUCUUCUUCAAUCUCACAGCCAACAUCCAGAGAAAUUUGAGGUGGUUUUACGACACGUUUGGCGACUCGGACGAGGAAGAAGAAUUUGAUGGCUUUACCCUGGAUGAUGGAGAACUACAAGCAUACCAGCUACUCCAAGAAGAGGAGGCCCUGGAGCGGCAGAGCCAGUCAAAGGACCGAAGGAUGCCCCAGCGAUCCACGCUGCAGCCGCAGCUGCAGCGAGUGCACAGCUCUGGUCGGAAUGUCCGGAACGUUAUACGCCGAUCCUACGCGGCAAUGCUCCGUGGUGAGGAGGACUUGUCACCAAAGCUGUACACACUGAAGAGACCGGAGGAACUGGUAGGAUAUGGUAUCCAGCCGAAAGGUAAGGUUGUGGAAAAGGAAAAAGCAGUGCCAUCACUGUCAUCAGAGUCAAGCUCGCCGUCGAAGAUCACUAGUAUCAAGAUUAAACUGUUGCCAGAUGGCAAGAAGGCCAAGAUCGUCCGCCACCGUCGACCUCCGGCCGCUUUGAAUCUGGAUUUUGUACGGCCUGACCUCGGCGUACCGAAGGCCACGUCACUGAACAAACAGGAGAAGAGAGUUAAGUUGAUGCAGGAGAAGUUCCUUCGAGAUCUGAAGGCCAGGGAGAGGAUCCGCCAGCGGAAGGAGCGAGACAAGCUUCGGAGGCAGGACAAGGCCCGAAGAGAGAAGCUGAAGCGUGAUAAGGCAAAGGAGAAGAGGCAACAGAAGAGAUUGCAAGAUAAGGCAAAAAAGGAGAAAAUGCGGGAACGCAAGAGAGCCAAGGCGCUCGCCAAGAAAGAGAAACUGCGGGCCAAGAGGAGCAGGGUCCUGCUGCCUCAACAGAAACUGAAGACCACAGCUGUCAAAUUGGAACCGCCUAGUCUACAAUCCCAGGAUGUCGUGAGGAUAUCGGUCCCUGCCAACAAGCUUUCAAACAAGAGAACUGACGUUGCAGCACGGCAGAUAUUGGCCCGCGCCAAAGGAAAACAGAGGAAGCCAGUCACAGAUACAAACCUGACCAUGGUCGGUAAGAGGAUGAUUAAGAAAUCGCUCAUGCUGAACGACAUGGUUGCAGAUGUGAACUUCCUGCAGCGGACAGGUAGUCCAUCUCCGCCCAGCAGGACAGCGGCAGCUUUAAAGAAGAUCAAAACAUCCGGUAAAGCUGUAGUUACUGAGUUUAAAGAGAAAACUAACAGUAAGAAUACAGCCAUCGUUGUCAAACACAAGAAGGUCCCAUCAUUGGUGCCAGUAAAAUCCAGUCUCAAGAGGAAUCAAAAGAAUCGGAGACCAGCAGCAAGCCCAAUAUCACCUCAGAUUACAGAUCUUGACAGUGACGGCAUCGUGUCAAGUCCGCCGUCAGCCACAAAAAUUGCAGGUACAUUUUUCCUCCCGUCUUUCAGCGCCCGAUCUUCCCGUAUUAUCAAGCCUUGCAAGCGUUAUCUAGAAAAUGAUUCGUCUCCAUCCUCAAAGGCAUCAAACGUCUUGUCCAAGCCAGUUUCAGAAAGUUCACCAAGAGAGGAGUCCUCAGUCUACGAGGAGCUAGACGAUACUUUAUUGUUUGCGGAUGUGUCCAGCGACGAUGAUUUGGACUACCGGCCUGGCUCUGUUCCUACUAAAGCUCACUUCAAGUGUUUUGGUCGUAAGAAGGGCUUUGUAGCCAUGAGGCCAACAGUAAAACAUAAAAUGGGGAACAAGAAUAUACAAACCGGCCGAAACAAGUUGAUACAGAGGUACCAGAGGGCCAUCCAGGCACAAGAACCACAAGAAGACAUCAAAAGACAGAAUGAGAAUGCCCCAAGAUUAACAACUUCAAAUCUACUCCAAACUGUCCGUGUAAAGAAAGCCUCUAAGAGAAACAGUUCCACCCCAGACAAAAGGAAAGCCCGAGGAUUCCAGAUGGGUGCUUACUCACACAUCAGGAAAAAGUCGGGGACAGAGGGCGAGAGAAAACCACAACUAGCCUCCCCUGUUCUUCAAGAGGUGAAGGGUAGCCACCGCGCACACCUACAUAAGCUGGCGAAGGACAAAAGGGCGAGUCCACACUCGUCAGAGGUGAAGACACCACAGCAUUCCAGAUCGUCCCUCGGAGGGGAUAGGGGCACUCACCUGGAUGCUGUCUCUAAGCAGAUGGUAGAAGCCAUGGAAGCCGACAUGUCACCUGAACAGACCGCCGACAAGCCAUCCAAGAAGCCCAAAGUGGACGCCCAAGUGGCCACUGCGACGCCCAUCCCUCGUGGGCCGAGAAUCAAGCAUGUGUGUCGCCGUGCCCCCUUGGCCUUGGGGUUAGAGGUCGCGACCUUUCCUGACCCUUCCUUGUCUUCGGAGCGCACGCUCAGUGCCCUGCCUCAGGAGAAGAGGGACAGCGUGAAAGAGACGGUCAAAAUAGAAUUGACCACCGAUGGUGGAGAGCCCCCAGAAUCGCCCAGCAAAUACAGCCGGAAAAACCGGGGGGCCAACUACAAGAAGAUACGCCAGGCGCUGCUGGCCGGCAAGGGGGUAACCGAGGAUGACCGCGCCCCGCUCUCCGGGGAAAACCUCCCCUUCAUGCACGACAGAAAGUGCCGCUUGGCUCCCUACAAGGGGGUGAAGGUGGGCUCAGCCAAGCGGCAGAAGUGCGGGGAGUGCGAACCCUGCCAGCAGAAGGAAGACUGCGGGAUCUGUGAAUUCUGCUUAGACAAACUGAAGUUUGGAGGUCCCAAUAAAAAGCGACAAGCCUGUAUACAUCGAAAAUGUUGGAAUCCACGGUAUAAAAGUCAGGUUCUACAAGAAGUCGAAGAAGGCAAACGGGAGCAGCUGCCUGUACCAAGUUUCCACCAAAAACAAGUCAGGGUCACUGAUGCCGUUUACCGGCCGCGGGCCAACCUCAAGACAUCAUCGCCCUUCAAGCAGCGCUCGUCUCGUCUUGGCAAGGCCAAGGCCAGGAUCAAGCUGCCCACGCGACGCGGCACUAUCAAGGUCUUCACCAACAGACCCAUGAGCCGGGCCCAGAGGAUACAGAUGGAGAAAGAGAAGGCCAAGUUACGCAAGUUGGAAGCGAACAGGACCAGCUCCUCUAGCCUGACCGUGGCCAAGUUGAAAGCCAAGCCCCAGAUUGAGCCGCUGAAGAUUACCCAUCAUCGUAUCAACAUUGACUUCAAGGAGGAUUACGACAUUGAGACAGCGUGGCAGCGCGGCAUUGCCAUCCUGUCGUCGGAGCCGAUGGUACCCCGCACUGUGUGUUACCUAUGCAGCAGCACUGGUAAACAUGAGCUGAUCUACUGCAACGUUUGUUGCGAGCCCUUUCACUCGUUCUGCCUGGAGGAGUAUGAGCGCCCUCUAGAGGGAGAGAAGGAGAACUGGUGCUGCCGACACUGCAAGUUCUGCCACGUGUGCGGAAGGCAAGACAAGCUUUUGACGUGCGACAAAUGCCACAGCAGUUACCACCCGGAAUGCCUGGGACCCAACUAUCCAACCAAACCAUCCAAAAGGAGAAAGAUAUGGGUAUGCACAAAAUGCGUCAAGUGCAAAAGCUGCGGUGCCACCACCCCGGGUCAGGUGCCCAACGCCCAGUGGUCACAUGACUUCUCGCUGUGCCAAGAUUGCGGUAAACUCUUUGACAAAGGGAACUACUGUCCGAUUUGCAGCCAGUGCUACGAAGAUGAUGACUAUGUCUCCAAGAUGAUGCAAUGUGCACAGUGUGACCGAUGGGUGCACGCCAAAUGCGAGGGGCUGACAGAUGACAUGUACCACAUCAUGACCGAUCUACCAGAGAGUGUCCCGUACCACUGCACCAAGUGCGAGCCCGUCAGGCCGGCUAAGUGGCAGGUGGAGCUAGAGGAAGAAAUGGAGGCGGGCUUUCAGAACGUCCUACGGGCCAUGUACCACUGCCGCAGCGCAGCACACCUGGUCAAUGCAGAAAAGAAGGUCAAGCACGGCCGGUCUGCCAACCGUUCAAUCUCUCCCGCUAGUUCCAGUGGAGCAACCCGUGACCUCACAGCUUCCCCGGCCCUGAGUGAAACGACGUCUGUGGAUUCGCAUUCCAGUCACGGGGAGUCAAGAAUGGACCUUAUCUCUCGCCGGGUCUCGCCCAGAUUCUUAAAGGACCCCAAAGUUCACCAGGAAAAUCCACCCUUGAGAGCUAAAGAUAGGACCGAAGCGAAACCUUCAAGGACAAGCCCUGUCGACAUGGUGAUGUGCCACCUUGGAAACAAAGAUGGGGAAGAUGAAGCCUUCGUUGAGAAAGUAGAAGCUUUGACAGAUACGGCCGUUGAGGUUAUGGAAACUGCCACAGACAGCCACGAUGGGGUAGAUGUCAAAGAUGAUGUUGCUAUGGACACACAAAUCAAUGAAACAAAAUCAUCCAAUGAAAUUGCAGCUGAUACAGUGUUCUCUGAAGAAAUGUCUGUUGCUGAAGCUGAACUAUCAUCCAGGGAGUAUUGUGAGAGCCCUGCCAUUCUGGAUCAUGCCCAAGCUGCAUCUUCUGUCGUGCAAACAGAACAAGUUUCCUCGGAGGACAAACAUCUUUCUGAGGGGAUACUUUUGGGGAACAGGACUUCGGGGAAUGAGCCACCCCUCCAGUUCAACUCACCGGUACCUCCCGAAACUGAGCACCAUGAAACAGGGACAGUUGUUCUGUCAUCAGAGACAUCCAAGGAUGAGCUGGUAGAGUGUCAGCCCCUGGGAGAAAGUGUCCCUGAACUCAGUGGCAAAGAUCAAGAGGAUGGUGAUGACGCAGUGAUGCCAAGAGUUGCUCAUCCCACUUCUGACACCAUUUUGGUUUCUGAACAAGUUGCAGCUUCUCCAGAUGUUCAGCUGAGUAACGAAUCUACUGAUGUAAUAAUGAAAUCCCCGGAAGCUCCUUCAACAGAAGAAGUUCCUCAUCCCUCUUCGUGCAAAAUUUCUUCUCCAGAACAGGUGCAGCAAAAUGAAGGGAGAAGUGCAGAACUCAGUGAGACUAGUGAAGAGGUUAUUCAUGUUACGAGGGAGGAGUCUGCUAGUGUUGAAAAUGCACUUGCUGAGCCAGGGCCCCAGAACAUGGAUAAACCUGCCCUGAGUGACCCAGCCAAUGAUUGUAAAGAUGUAGAGGCUGUUGACCAAUCAGAUGUCAGAACACCAGACACCAGGGAGUCCUCAAAAGAACAAAUUGGUGUCCUAGCAACUCGUGACAUCACAACUAAAGAUCCAUCUGGCACCUCUGGUAUCCAAACACCAGAAAACUCCCCCGUAAAAAGUGAAGUUGCCCCUGCAGACAAUGUCUCGCCUAAAGACGGAAUCCAAAAUUUAGAAGAUUCCAUUACCUCGGAGGUGAGUCUUUUCCGAGGUCUGACAGAGAAGUCACCAUCUGAGGCGGACCACCCAAAGGACUUGAAAACAGUGAACAAGAGAGUGAAAAAUAAACACUACAAGACAGUGGUGGAGUUUUGCGAUGACUGCGUCCGUAUCAUCCAGCAGUCGCUGUCAUCAGAGACUGACCAGUCACUGAAUCUCAAACGCAACAAUCGCACCGCCUGCUCCCUCUUCCUCAAGAACAUGGCCAAGAUGUUCCCCUGGUACAAAGUGGAGACGUCCAGGUCCUGGGAGCAGAACCAAAAGUUUCCUGAUGGGAUGCUGUCCCAGGCUGUCCUCCCACCACACAGUGAUCAUAUGUACGCUCAGUGGAAGCACACCAAUUAUCCGUUACCCUCCAUGUGCCAGCCGUCCACGUUGAAGCGUCUUCCUUUCUCCCCGACAAACAGAACGCCGGCUAGAAUCAUCGGAGGGAAUGCACAAGUGGCUCCAUUGGCUGAGCCGAGCACAGACGAUACUAGGAGAUGCUGUUUGUGUGGUCGCUUCUCGGACGAGGACCCCAACGAUGGCGGAAGGUUACUCUACUGUGGACAGGAUGAAUGGAUCCACAUCAAUUGUGGACUGUGGUCGGCAGAGGUCUUUGAAGAAAUGGACGGAUCACUGAUCAACGUCCACGCAGCCAUAUGGAGGGGGCGACAAUUGCGUUGUGAGGGGUGCAGCAAGUUUGGCGCGACAGUUGGCUGUUGCCAGAGGGGCUGCCCAGCCAACUUCCACUUCAUGUGCGCUCGGGAGAAAAAGUGCGUCUUCCAAGAAGACAAGAAGGUUUUCUGCGACACCCACCGAGAUAAGGUGGACCGAGAUACCAUCCAGGAAGGCAACUUUGCUGUUCUGCGGCGCGUCUGCGUUAGCUUGGACAACAUGAAGCUCAACCGCAACUUCACCCAGGGUCUGGAGGUCAGCCGCAUCAACGUGAUGGUAGGGUCACUGACCGUGGAUGACCUGGGUCGCCUGGGACCAGCCUCGGACCAACACGACGCUCUGUACCCCUUAGAAUUCAGGUGUCAGAGAGUUUACUGGAGUACAUUUGAUGCCCGACGCCGCUGUGUGUACACCAUCCGCAUCUUUGAGUACAAAGCAGUUGCUACUCCGAAGUCUCCCCUGGACGUCAACCACACCACAGCCCACAGCCCUGGUAUCCUCAACAAGCGGGGGUUAGGAAGGUCGCACGCACAAAUCACAGAGCUAGGCAGCGACAUGCCCAGCAUCCCAGAGAUGGACGAGGAAGGCUCUCAGCUCGGGAUGGAGAAGCCUGGGGUGGAGACCAUGGAUGGGGUCUUUGAGCUGUCGUUGGACAGCACAGGACUGGAGUCCUUGCUGGAUCCGGAGAUGCUACUGCAGUGCGAGGCGGAGCUCCGCGAUGGAGGCGUGGACCCAGAGGCGGUGCUGUCUGCGGCCUUGGAUCAGGUUGAGGCAGAGAUUGCCAUGGAGAUGGGUGAUGCCUUUUCUGACCAGAUGCAAACUGCACACCUAGAAACACCAGCUGCUUCCUUAGAGUUUCCUGAAGACUCGUUUGAUACAUUAAGUAAAAGCUCUCCGAUGUUUGAACCAGGAGAACUUCUUGAGUCAUUCAAGACCUCUGCUGAGGAUAUCAGGCUUACUCAGUCUUUUCCAGCACCCUCUACCAGUGUUGCUCUCAACAGCACUGGCUUAUCGGAGAAAACUCUCAAGAGCUUGCCUGUAAGUGCCUUUACAAAUCAAAGCUCCCUGAUAUCAGAUGCUCCGGAUGGAGGAUCUGAUCUCUCACAAAACCUCGGUCGGAUGGUUAUGAAUUUGAACUAUGCAGCACAGAGUGGACAAAUUGAGGAGGCCAGGAGAAGAUCAUCCCAAGACAGUGUUGCCUCUGCAAAGAGUGGGUCUGAGACCAACACAUCAGAAAUGCAGACAACGGUGCCUUCAACAGGGUUGGAACUGAAUGAAGAGCUAAAUCAAAGCCUUCAGACUUCAUCGAAUGCUGCAACACCAGUCAGUUCAGAGAGCCAAGACUUCAGACUCAUAGAAGUCAAUGCAGGUAUCACCUCUGGGAAUGCUAUGGAAGUAUCAUCAACAGAUAGAGUAUCACCUUCUGAUUGCACUAAAACAAAUGCUGGAUUGUCAGUAGAAACAUCAAACCUUUUGUCACAGUCUUCCACAUCCGCAGAAGCUCUUCUUCCAAUGAGUUCAAUUCUCAAUGUAGGACAAUCACCUCCUACCACAGCAGGACAGGUUUUAGAUCUGAUUAAGCUCCAGGGUGUGUCAACAUCUCACAAGCCUGCCAUCACUUCCAUCAAUAGCACCCCUAUGAGCAUCCCUGCUACAAAACCUGAUAACCAAGACGUAAUGGUUUUAUCAGGGGACACUCCCACAAGAUCUAUAUUCAAGUUCAUUGACAAGCUGUUGACUGAAACAGGCACCAAAGAGACUCAUAAGUUUGACUUGCCUCCCUCAAUAAUACCCCAGGAGACCACGAACAGCUCAAAACUGGACCCUAAUGAAACUCUCCCUUCAAGUGGCUGCGAAGCACAAUCCACCAUAAAAGAAAGCCACCCACCUGCUUUUGGAGGUGCUGCUGGAAUAGGACUAGUGAAAAAUGAUAGCACAGUUUGUUCCAGAGGUCCUGAGAAUCCAGUAGCGCUUAUUUACGACAGGGAUGAUACUUUGUCAACAGACAUUAAAAAUGAUGACGGCGACCUGCUGAGAGGGUUCCCAGUAUCGUCAGGUGUUGAAUCAGAUACAGGCUGCUUGAGUUCCCAAGAAAGUACUAAUGCUUCAAAGAGUGCACAAUAUACCUGCUCAGAUGAGGACACUGAUCUGAGCCAGCGCACACGAGACAUAGUCACAGAUGUUAUUGAGCUGGAGAAUCUGCGUGGAUAUUCAGCUCUUGCCUCCACAGAGCAAGAACCACCCUUAAGUGUCACUGAGAUGGCUGUGUCCCGGCCGAACCAGAGCGACAUGGAUACCUCCAUCUGCACAUCUGCUGGUCAAUCGGGCAACCUUGAAGUGACCUCAGAUCUGACAGUGAGCCGACCAUCUGUGGAUUGUCAAGAGGUGCCAGAUAGAGCUCUGUCAGAGAUUGCAAAGGAUCAGAAUGUCCCAAGUGAUGAUAAAGUCAUGCCUGAAAAGGAUAGCCAAACACCAUCAGAAGAACUAUCUAGAAAAAAAUAUGAAGGGGUCCCUGCUGAACCUCAUUUGGAUGACCUUGAUGAUAAGGUCAAUGAAGAUAUUGAUGAAGGGAAUAUAAGUAAUGUCAAUUCUAAGCCAGUAUCUGCAACUAGAACAGUGCCAGACGAUGUUGGAAUAGAGUCAACAUUAACUGAUGACAUAAAUAUUGAUGCAGAUUCUGCGUUAGUUGCUAAUGCUACAGUGGCUUCAGAAGAUGUAACUUCCGUUUUGGGAGGAACUGAAGAGCUUGAGAAGUUGUCUGAAGAAAGUAAACCUAGUCCUGACACAAACUUGAUCUUUAGCUCCCAUCCAGGUGGAAAGAAGGACUCAGGGGUGGAUGAAGUGUCUCAAGUCACAGUAAUCGAUAAACGGUCUUCAACCAGCAUCACAGAGCAAGAUGCUGCUCUCAACCAGACUAGCGACAAAUGCGGUCUGGACGUGGAAACCAUGGAGGUAGAUGUAGAUGUCCUAACAUGUGUACCAGCAGGAGAAGAAAAGGAAUCUUCCAAAGAGCCAACAGACUUAAUAGCACCUGAACAUUCUGUGGCAGAUGGUGACAAAUUGUCUCAAGCGAUACAGUCUGCUGUAUCCAUAGAGGGUGUUCCGGGAGAAGAUGAGAUGGCAACUGUGAAAGAAGUGGUUUUAAUCGACACAGACAUUCAAGGCCAAUUCUGCGAUCAUAAGAGACACCUGAAUGAAGUUGAUGGUUCUGAGGGCGGCCCGAGGUCUGAAGUGGAGAUUCAGGAAGCUUGUUUAAAUGAAGCGGCAGAGCCAGCUGCAAAGAAAAGAAAAAUAGAAGACCCAGUCACUGAUGAACCCUUUGAGAGCCUUGAGUCAUCUCAAAGUGCUAGAGUGACUGUGAACUCAGAAGGUCCAGUUCAGCAUGAAGGAUACACAAGUUUGCCAUCUCAGGUGCCGCAACUCAGUGGUACUGAUGAACACAUUGAAGACACUGGUUGUUGUACUCUUCCUGAGACCAACUUAUCCACAACUCUGGCAGUUGAGUCUAGCAAACUAGUAGUACAAUCAGCUACGAGAGAUGAUGAAGAGGAUGUAGCAGAUACAGGUGGUAAGCAGUCUGAAGUUGAAGCCCAUCUGGAAAUGGAGGUGGAUGAGCCCUUACAAUCACAAAAAGGGUCUGGAGAUUCAGAUGGAAGCGUGUCAGUUUCAAGUCAAAUGAAGGCCACACCAAAUCCAGGGUGCAGUAAAGAAAAUGAAACAAAGACCUCAGAGGCCUUCUGCAUUAAAACUGCAUCUGAAAAUCAGGUUUGCUUCACUUUGGAAGACACAGAUGACGACGUUUUUCUUAAGAGCAGUGAUGAGAAGAAGCAAGAUGCAGACAGGCAGUUGGAUAAAAGUGACCAACACCAAAAGUCCAACCAGACUUUUAUUUCCCAAACACUGCCAAAAGCAGUAGUCGUCCUCCACGAUAUUUGUAAAGUGCAGAAUAAUAGAGUGCGCAGUAUGUCUUGCAAUCUGGCAUUGGAGUCUUCAAAUGAUUUGGAGAGUUUCGCACCAAGUUCACCCAGACCUGACCAAAGCCUGUCUUUUUCCUCCACACCCAAUUCAGCAAAAUCGAAAUCUUUGCCAAACACACCUUCGUUUGUUCGAAGUCUCUCAAAGGAGUUACCUUUCCUAACAGAAGCAAGGACCAGCGGAGGUAUUGCUGAAGCAGAAUUCACCUCCAGGGAUUCCAAAACAGAGGGGGAUAUUGUCAAUGAGGUAUUGAAAUCCUGCCAGGAGGAGUCUUACGAGUCAUCUGAUGAACAGCCUCUGACACGACUGUCUGAGAAGCUCAGUAGGAGCAAUGUGCAGGGGAGUGCAGACUUAAAGGAGGUAAAGAAGGAAUGCAAAGACAUCAAUGAAGUUUCAGGGGACUUUAUUCUGGAUGAGAAAACUGGCCUUUUUGUUGUUUCCCCAGUUCUUCCAAACCAAAGUCCCGGAGAGCGCAAGAAGUACCCUAUGAGGUCAACCUUCUCCCGACUGACCCGCAUCAUUGAAAAUCCAGAAGAUAAAGUCCCUCGUCGCAAGAGUAGCUCAAGCAGUUCCUCUGCAUCCAAAGAGAAAGGUCAUCAAGAAGAUGACCAGAGUGAGACUAAACUUGUGGAAACACCUCAGAGUCAUGUAAAAAGACGUGGUCGGCCAUGUAAGAGAGGUCGGCCAUGUAAGAGAGGUCGGCCACGUAAGAUACAGUCUCCAACUGACCAGAGUGAGACUAAACUUGCAGAAACACCUCAGAGUCAUGUGAAAAGACUUGGUCAGCCUUCUAAGAGACUUGGUCUGUCACAUAAGAUACAGCCUCCAACUGAACUCGAUAAAGAAGACGAGAAAAAUUUUGCGGUAAGCCAACCAUUUGAUACUCCCAGGCAGUCUGAGAGGAGGGACACGGAUGCAUCUCAAGAAGUUAACCAGAACAACAGCAGUUCAUCAUUUGGGCUGACUCUAAAGAGUGUCAACAAACGACUGCAAAUUUCAAUGCAAAACCAGGGGUCUGAUGGAAAGGAUGACAUUAAUGAUGACGAUACACCUCGGUCUUUGAGGAAGAGAACUCCAGGGAUCAUUUACUGCGAUACUUACAGGAUACGGGAUGCUCCCACACAACCCCAAAAGUCCGCCAAAGAGUUGGCGGAAACAGAUUCAACUGAAAAAGGAGAGCAGAAAGCUGAGGAAGAACCUAAGAAAAACUCAGUAAAGCCUGUAAAGACAGAGGAGAACAAGCAAGCCGCUGAGAGUAACAAGAGUGUUGGAACUAAGACCUCAUCUGAGGAUCCAAAAACUGUUGGGAAAGGAAAGGACAUUGGUGUAGAUACUGUUAAAUCCUCUGAGGAGAGUAAGGCACCAGCUUCAGAACCUGUCAAGCUCAGCAGACGAUGGCCACUCAAACGAGUCAUGGGGGAUUUUGUAUCCAAUGAGGCACUCCUCGAUCUCUGGACAGGAUUGCAACCAGAUUUGGGCCCCUUGAAGCAGAAACCAACAACCCCUACAGAGGUUGAAAAUCCAGAAGGAUCCAACAAGAAACCGACAACAUCCAUAGAGGUUGAAAAUGCCAAAGUGUCCCGUGGCCAAGCUGAAAGCACCUUGCAGAAAAAGCCUCUCAGCACUGGACCAAAAGAUACAGCAAAGGUCAUAAUUAGCCCUAAUCCAGUUUCAAAAAGUGUUCCCUCAACAUCUUCUGCUGUAGUAACUACCAGUUCAGGAGUCGCCACCCCAGCAACAUCCGGUCGAAAGGACUACCUGAAAUGUCUCUUCAGGAGCAAUGCCAGCAACCAAAUGCAGAGGGUAAAGACGGCCACAAACCAGCUGAACCUUGGGUACAAGCCCGUAACUUCCGAAUGCGUCAUCAUGAGCCGUCAGAUUAUCACACUGAAACCUGGUCAGGUUGUGCAUAUGAAGAACACAGAGAAGCAACAGCGACUUGGGUCAAGGGGACGAGGCUAUGGUGUGGGAAGGGGGCGUGGAAGGGAAAGACAAAGCGGAACGCAAGAGGUGCAUCAAAGAGCAGAUGCAACGUUCAGACAGACUACCAUUCAAGAUCCUCCCCGUACUAAUGUGGACACAAAUAACAAACUCGGAGACAAAUCAGUCAUUUCCAUCUCGGGGCAGAGUUUCCCUCCUAUGACCCAAACAUCAGUUGAUGCUGCAAAGAGUAACAUUGCAGUUGAUACUGCAGAGAAACAAGACGAACAAUUUAAAAGGACAGCUACAUCACUAGGUUUACAUUUUGGUCAGAAUUCAUUGGAUAAGAGUGCCAGUUUGAAGAAUGAGCAAGGAAAAGCUGGCCCAACUUCUCUUACAGUGAAAAACGUGUCCAGGGACAUAUCGCAAGUAACACCUCACACCUUCACCACCAUCAAGACUCCAAGAGUCUCCACAUCGGUAACAGCUAGAACUCUUGCCCCCCAAAUGACCGUGGUCACCAUGAUCCCUGUCUCAGGUGCCCAGUCCUUUCCUAUUUACUCAUCUCUAACCCAAGUGAGUGCAACACCUGCUUUGACUGUUCCCCUGCCAACAACCUCUGGUUUCCUGCAAGCCCCUGUGUCAUCCCAGGCUGAUGUUACACUGGUACCCACAACUAAGAUACUAGAUGCCAGCAGCCAAGUUCUGUUUGCUGUACCAACGGUAAACAAUGAAUUAGACAGCUGUACGAGGUUGGUACAAAAUCUGCCCUCUGUUCAACAGGUGGUAACAAGGCCAUAUCCCAAAACAUAUCCCGUUGUCUCCAGUAUCAACACGUCAUCGGUUCACCUAGGCUUGAAUCGGAGUAUAACACCGAGAUUCAUGAAGCCUGCAUCAGCAGCCAUCAUACCUCCUGCAUCCAGCAUUGUCCACAAUCCCACCCCCACGUGCAAUACAAUCGUGCCAAGACCCACCAGAUCUCCCUUAGCCCAGGUCAUGUCGACACAUUCUCCUUCCCCGUUCAUGUCCGAGAGGGCGCUGCUUACGCCAGUGUCGACCCUUACAGGGAGUGGGAUGUCAUCAAUUAGUCCCUUCCCAGUUCCCAUCAUGGCAGCCCAGCCGUCCAUGUCGCUGGCAUCUCCCAAGAAUGCAGUGGACCAGCUCUGGUCCAUCAUCCAGCAGCAAGCUCAGCAGGCUCAGCGCAUGGGUAUCAUCCCAGUCCAGCAGCCACCUGAUCCAACUCUCAUCCACUCUUACGCCACCACCAGUAGCCUUCCAGCAACCCCACUGGUCAUCUCCAAUCCACUGAAACGAUCCGCACCGGAUGACACGACCAAGAGAGUUGGGGCCAAACGGCGGAAGAACCCCCUCGAGGAGCGGAUCUGGUUUGAUGAGUUCGGUCAGCUGCGUGCAGAGCCCGAGUUGGUGAAAAACUCACCACCCAAACAAGCCCCAGCCAGGGAGAAGGCACCAAAACCAUCUCGCUCACGACCUCGUAUUAAGAAUGCCUCAGGUCCAAGGAUGAAGAUGCCAACGUUCACAGGAAUCUACCAGGAGGACAAAAUUGGUGAAAGAGCCUCAAACAAACCCGGUGACACCAAAACUGAAUUCAGGAAGCCAACAUCAGCAGAAGAAGGCCACGCUUCAAAGAGACCCACAAGAGUGCCAACCCGCAUCCCGCCGAAAACUCCUCUCCGCAAGGAGGACCCAAAGAACCUCCAAGCAUCGGUUGAGAACAAGGAGAACUUGGGUGAUAGAGGGAGCCCUCCCGGUCCCGCCCAGGUACAGGCCAAUGAUGGUUUCAAGCUGCUGUUUGAGGUCAAGAGCGACGACGGGUUUGAGACCAGGGCGGAGUCGAUGGAAGAGGCGUGGCGCCAGGUGGUGGAGAAGGUGCAGGAACGGCGCAAUGACACACGCAUGAAGAGCCUGUCGUUUGCUGGUGUGGCUCCCAUGAAGAUGUUGGGCAUCAAACAUGACGCCCUGGUUUUCCUGAUCGAGCAGCUCUUCGGUGCCAAGAACUGCAAGCGUUACCAAUUUAAGUUCCAUCAACGGCAUGCAGGAGCCACUACAGAAGAGGAGCCCCCGCUGAACCCACACGGCUGUGCCCGGGCCGAGCCCUUCAAGACGCGUUCCCAUCGCGACAUCUUUGACUUCCUGGCCUCCCGCCACCGCAAACGGCCCGAACUGGAGGAGGACACGCAAGAGCAGGACGUGCAGCACAAGUCCUCCAAACGACCCACUAGUCUUGAUCUUCCAAUGGCGAUGAGAUUCCGUCAUCUUAAGGAGACGGCUAAAGAGGCAGUAGGAGUCUACAGGUCCCACAUUCAUGGUCGUGGUCUGUUCUGUAAGCGACCCAUCGAAGCAUCCGAGAUGGUGAUUGAAUAUUCCGGUACCGUCAUCCGCUCCAUGCUGACAGACAAAAGAGAAAAAUACUACGAGAGCAAGGGCAUUGGUUGCUACAUGUUUCGCAUCGAUGAUUUUGACGUAGUGGAUGCGACCAUCCACGGCAAUGCUGCAAGGUUCAUCAACCACUCUUGCGACCCCAACUGCUUCUCGCGGGUCAUCCAAGUGGACGGUAAGAAGCACAUCGUCAUCUUUGCCAGCCGCAAGAUCCACAAAGGGGAGGAGCUGACCUACGACUACAAGUUCCCCAUCGAAGACGUCAAGCUUCCCUGCAAUUGUGGCGCGCCGCGGUGCCGCAAGUACCUGAACUAAGAGAGGUGUUCAUCCUGCAACUGUGGCACCUUUAAGGAACUGUGAGAACCGGAGCUGAAGAGAAGUACAAAUCCGAUGAUUCAAGAACAUCGCCUGCAACUGUGGCUCAACAUCCCCGUUGAAGACCUCAAGCUUCCCUGCAACUGUGGUGCACUGCGGUGCCGCAAGUACCUGAACUAAGAGAGGUGUUCGUCCUGCAACUGUGGCACCUUUAAGGAACUGUGAGAACCGGAACUGAAGAGAAGUACAAAUCCGAUGAUUCAAGAACAUCGCCUGCAACUGUGGCUCAACAUCCCCGUUGAAGACCUCAAGCUUCCCUGCAACUGUGGUGCACUGCGGUGCCGCAAGUACCUGAACUAAGAGAGGUGUUCGUCCUGCAACUGUGGCACCUUUAAGGAACUGUGAGAACCGGAACUGAAGAGAAGUACAAAUCCGAUGAUUCAAGAACAUCGCCUGCAACUGUGGCUCAACAUCCCCGUUGAAGACCUCAAGCUUCCCUGCAACUGUGGUGCACUGCGGUGCCGCAAGUACCUGAACUAAGAGAGGUGUUCGUCCUGCAACUGUGGCACCUUUAAGGAACUGUGAGAACCGGAACUGAAGAGAAGUACAAAUCCGAUGAUUCAAGAACAUCGCCUGCAACUGUGGCUCAACAUCCCCGUUGAAGACCUCAAGCUUCCCUGCAACUGUGGCGCACUGCGGUGCCGCAAGUACCUGAACUAAGAGAGGUGUUCGUCCUGCAACUGUGGCACCUUUAAGGAACUGUGAGAACCGGAACUGAAGAGAAGUACAAAUCCGAUGAUUCAAGAACAUCGCCUGCAACUGUGGCUCAACAUCCCCGUUGAAGACCUCAAGCUUCCCUGCAACUGUGGCGCACUGCGGUGCCGCAAGUACCUGAACUAAGAGAGGUGUUCAUCCUGCAACUGUGGCACCUUUAAGGAACUGUGAGAACCAGACUUGAAGAGAAAGUACAAAUCCGAUGAGUCGAAAACAUCCCCUUCAACUGCGACGUGCUGCUGUGAGGCAAGUACCUGAACCAGGAGAGGUUUUCAUUCUUUCUACCAGUCAAGCAUUUCAGAUCUGCAACUAUGGCAUCUUCAGGAACUUUGAGUACUUGAACUGAAAAGAAAGUACAAAUCCGAUGAAUCAAGAACAUCGCCUUCAACUGCGGCGUGCUGCCGUGAGGCAAGUACCUGAACCAAGGGAGAGGUACAUUUUAGGAGUUUAGAAUAUCUUCAUGUGAUGCGUACGGCGAUGCUACAAGUCAAAGAGAAUUAUAUAUUGAAGGAGUCAAGAACAUCUGCUGCAACUGUGGCAUAUUGCAGUGCAACAAGUACCCAAACGAAGAGACGUCCAAGUUUAUGUUCAUUCGCAAAUUCAAGAUGAUUCCAAGCUAACACGGUAAUGCAAAGUGUUUCUGCAAGAACCCUUGUGUAGAGAAAUGUGUAUUUGAGAAGUCGAGAACAUCAAGUGCAACUAUGGCACAAUGUCGUGCCCCAGGUACCUGAACGAAGAGAUGUACCUUAAUGACGACAGAUAUACAUUCAAGAAGUUGCAAACCUCCCAAGGAAUUGUGGCACCCAGCGGUGCAACAAGUACCUGAACUAUGAGAUACAUAUUCAAGGAGUGAAAAACAUUCCGUUCACCUGUAGUGCACAGUUUAAUACAGUAGUGCCACAAAUGCCUGAGUGCCAAGACAUAUACAUUCAAGAAGUUGAGAACGUCCAGUGAUAUUGUGGCGCACUGCUCUGCCGUGCCACAAGUAAAGAUUGAUGUACCAUCAAGGAGUUCUCAAGAACAUUCCCUUCUGCUGUGGAGUGCUGGGGUGUCACAAGUCCCCGGACUAAGAGAGAUUGGACUUUGAAAAAUCAGGUCGCUGCAAGUACCUGAACUCCACGUUAUUAUCACAAACUUCGAGAUCAUCUGCAACUUUGGCACACUGCGGUGUCGCAAGCACCUCAACUGAGAAAGCCAUGCAGUAUGGGAUAAUGCAACAGUGAAAAGUCUUAGUUUUUUUGUCCAAGGACACAAGGUAUUUCACAGUGUUACUUAGAGUCUUCUAAAGUAGUAGCAGGGUCCUGGAAAAAACAGUCGAGGACAUGAGUAUCGUGUUUAACUGCAAUUCCCUGAGAUGCAACAAAGUACAUGUAAUACCUCUGAACUGAGACUGUGCAGCGAUAGAGAAUAGGAAUGUUAAAAAGUAAAUGCUGUUUUGUUGUGAAUUCACAUUUUCCCGGUGGUUUUGCUGAAUAUGGUUUUCCGUCAGUAAAUAGGUAAUGCGUAGCACUCGGAACAUGAGGAUUCCUUGCAAAUGUACUUAUCCUGCAAUACCACACGUACCUUAACCAAGAUUGAUAUAUUCAGAUGUCGUUUUGUUGCAAACUUGCAACGUUCUUUUCUGUUUUUAUGGAAACAUGCGGAAAAUUGGUUGGGGUGUCCACUUUUCCUGCUAGCUGCCAUGUGCCGCGAUGCCUGAAUUUAAUUUGGAAGUGAAUUACUUUACUUCACCCUGCAAUUCCACUAGUGCCAAUUUAAGCAGCUGAAUCCAAUUCACAUAGACAUCUUUGUUGUAUUGCCAUCUGUUGCCAAUUAAUUAAGACGUAUGGCCGUACUGAGACCAAGGUUUGCAUGACGGAAAGUGAGGAUGUUCUUUUAUUGUGUUUUUGUUGCAUCAGGUUUUUUCUGCUUUGCUUGAGAUUGUUUAAUUGGCAUCCUGGAACAUGUCGAGAAAAUGAUUUGUCCAAAGAUUGCUGCCAUUGAAAAACAUAAAGAGUGGACGAUAAUUUUUAGGUCAAGACGCUCGUGAAAUUCGCACAAAAGGCAAAGGGCUGUGAUUAAGUCUCGAUUUAAAUGCAAGCUUAUUAGCUAUACCAAGUUGAACAAUUUGUCCCCCCAAAAAUUAAAAGUUUUGCAAAAUUGUACAUAUUUUAUAAACAGUUUUUUAACAUUACUAUGCAUAUCCUUCGAUGUACUUUGGCGAUGGGAAUCAGUUUUGAACCAUGUGUUGUUAUCAGUCAAUACACCUUUUUCUAAGAGAUUUCAAUUGAAUGCAUUGAAUGCAAUUUGGGUAAUUGUACAGAAUUUGGAGGUGACGUUUCUAUUCCCCGAGUGCCCCUGAUAUGUAUUCUGUCGGGGAAUUAAGUAAAGGAAACGUCACAGAAGUUUCAAGCUUGCCCAGUAAAUUGGAAACAUGGAAAGUAGGGAAGUUACAGUUUGAAUUUGAGAGAUAUCCGGCUGGGGAAAAAAGGUAGUGAGUUCACUGGUUUGUCAGUAGCGUUGUGUUGCAUUGCCAAAUUGUUUGGGGGAAAGUAUUGGGUUUCAGAACAGAAAGUAGGAAAAUGUAAAGGAGAGUUAAAGGAAACUGCCAAGGAGAAUCUCAGGACACGGAACUUGGUUAAGAAAAACUGGGAAAUCCGGUUUGUAGAAUGUGGAAAUUUCAAGAAGGAAUUGGGAUUCAAGGAGAAGUUUAAUUCGGAAAACAUGGAAAGAGAUGGAAAUGUUGGCAAACAACGGAACUGAAAUGUCAAAAAAGGAUCUCUUUUUACAUUUUGGGUAACAAAUUGGGAAAUCACUAGAUGUAAAUCGUCAUCCAUAUAUGGACAAUAUUAUGUUUUUCAAUUUUUGAAUCUUCCAUGUAAGUUUUGCAUUCUGCUCUAUUGAUUUUAUAUUUUACUAUUUCUAAGUAAAUUUUCACUGUGUUAUAUUUCUGAUAUUUUGUUUUUCAGCGUUCAGUGUAUAAGUGUAAACUUGAAGAUUGGUAUUAUUGCUAUUAAAAUAGUUGUAUUUAUUGUCUCCAUUAUUUCUAGUACUUUGUUAAAAUGAUUUAAGAGAUAUUAAAAUGAGAGAUGUUGCUUUUUUUAUAUAAAAAAA